GGAGGCGGGGGUCGCCUGGGCUGGCGGGAAUCGCUGGCAGGGGGCGGGAUGCCCGCCUGGCCCGGGCCGGGGUCUCUCUGCCGCAAUCCCCGCAGCAGGGCAGCCCGGCCCGCCGCUUCCCUCCCCUCGGCUGCCCGGCUUCCUCUUCCGCGCCUGGGAGGCGGAGGCUCCCCACGCGGCCCUGCCCGCCUGCCUGCCUCGCCUGGGCGGCCGGGCUGAGCUGCGCUCCUCUUGCAUCGCCCCGAUGUCGGCGGAGGGCGAGGAAGGGUCGGGGGGCGCCGGGCCGGGGCUCUGCUGGGCCUCGCUCUUCUCCUGCCUCGGCCUGGCCUGCUCCUACGUGGGCAGCCUCUACGUCUGGAAGAGCCACCUGCCCAGGGACCACCCCGCGGUCAUUAAGCGCCGCUUCACCAGCGUCCUGGUGGUCUCCACCUUCUCGCCCCUCUUCAUCUGGGUCUGGAAAGAGGUGACGGGCAUUAAGGUGAGGACUCCCUGCCUCUCCAGGUCUGGCCGACAUUACCUGGAGAUUUCCGGCGUUUGGUUUAUUUCUUUAGAAGCUACUUUUAUCCUCUUUCUCGGCCCCCUCAUCCAGCUGUCUAUGGACUGUCCGUGGGACAUGGUAGAUGGCUUAAGAGUGGCCUUUGACCCCAGGUUUUGGGUCCUCUGCCUCACUGACAUGCGCUGGCUGCGCAACCAGGUCAUCGCGCCCUUCACCGAAGAGCUGGUCUUCCGAGCCUGCAUGGUGCCCAUGUUGGUGCCCUGCACAGGAGUUGGACUGGCCAUCGUCACCUGCCCGCUCUUCUUUGGAGUCGGUGAGUUUUUGAUGGAUUGAUUGAUUAGAUGUAUU